AAUAAAAACCGCAAUAUUCACAAAUUAAGUAUAUUAUCGUGUUUUUUUCAAAUUCAUGCUUUAAGCGCAAACGUUACAAUGUCUAAGAAUUUAAAGAUGGUCAACGGUGAGAAACUUCUAUUUGAAGACGUCGUAAGGUUUACUGGGUCCUUUAUCUGUGAGAAUCAUGGAGAUAAACUAAAAGAAGCUGCAGCGAAACUCAUAUUGACAAAACUUAACUCUAAAACCGAACUUUCAAGCCACUUGAAGUGUUAUGAAACCUUCAUAUCAUUUUACCCCGAAAUAUUAGUUACUGGUAUCAGACUAGAGGGUCGAAUUUCGCGUCAAGAGAUACCUGGAUUUUUUGUUUCUGCUAGGCAUCCUAAAGCUUUGGUGGUUCUUUUUCAGCGAUCGCCAUCAGACGACGUUACUUUAUAUGGCAUGGUCUUUAGUUCUUCGUCUAAGGCUCAAAAAGUUGCAGGAUUUCUUGCAGAAUCCAAUCCUCAAUUGAACGUGAAAGGAGAACCAUCGGGUCCAAAAGUAAAAUCUGUUACAAUAGGUCCAAAGAUACGCAAAUCACCCGAUAACUGCUACAAGGAGGUCAAUGGUUUACCAAAAACCCAUGAAAUGUUAAAUACUCUCCCGCCACCGGGAAAUACGUUUCGUUCAGAAGUUACAUGGAAUAAAAUUCCGGGUCAACAAAACAAAGGAAAAUACUCCCCGAGUAGUAAAACUGUUCAUCUUAAUGGCUGUUUACCACACGAAGACCAACAGCUCGAGUUUGGUAGGCAGAGAACCACCCAGGUAAAAGGUACUCAUCUAAUGGACAGUCGCGGUGGGACGAAUAAUAAUCACUCACACAGUGGACCAAAUGUAUCCAAAUAUAGCAGUUUUUAUCCUGUAAGUGCGAAAAAUCAUGUUUCUUUUCGACAGCCUGCUGCUGGUUAUAGCGAUAAGAUGUUGCGUUCUAGUACGGGCUUGAUAAUUAAUCCCGAAGGAGCAUUUGAGGAAAACGGAUUCGAUACUCCAUUCCCUUAUGAUCCGAGUGAAAAUAUUGAAGAAUUUUCUAUUGGAUAUUAUAAUACUGAAGAAGGUUCUGGUGUCGACGAUCGUGAUUUACUUCAUAUAAAAGAUGAAAAGGAAAUGGACACAAAUGAUCCUCAGGAAAACCCUUGGGUUGAGAACAUAACUUACAUAAGCAACAAUAAGAACGGUAGAGCAACAGUUACUUCUAAUGGGUCUGUAUAUUUAUAUGUCGCACAGCAAGUUAAUCCGAGAUUUGAAAUGACAGAUUAAGACGAAUGAUAUGUGUUUACGCAGUAAUCUAUCCAUUAUUUAUAAUCGAAAGGAAACAAAUCAGAUAUCGUUUUGUGAUUAUUUUUACUAUCAUUGACAUAAAAUUUAAACGUUGUACAUAAAACUAAAAAGUGUAAAGGUUUAGAGUAAUAUUUAACCUAAUUAUUGAUUACUUUAUAAAUAUAUUUGUUUGUAUAA